UAACUUAAAGCACUAGUGCAGUUAGUGCAGUAGGUGGCACUGUGGCAGUAGUGCUCCGAAAAAGAAUGAAUUAGCGUAGUGUGUUUGAACACGUGUAUUAUUCGCUCGUAAAGUUCAAAAUAUUCACAGAAAAUGCAAGAAACUAUUAAAAUGGAGGUUGACGAUAGCAUAGUGAAAGAUGAAAAUAUCGAUGCUCCAGAAAUCAGUUACGAGGAAAAACUACGAUUUGUGAAUACUAUCUCCAAACCCAUGGCACCGAAAAAACUAACCAAAAAAAUUUACAAAUGUAUAAAGAAAGCGUCCAAACAUAAAACAUACCUGCGCAACGGUUUAAAAGAUGUGCAGAAACAUCUUCGUAAAGGUGAAACAGGUUUGGUCGUCUUUGCUGGAGAUGUCUAUCCUAUAGAUAUUAUGUGCCACUUACCAAUUGUGUGCGAAGAUAAAAAUAUUCCUUAUUGUUUUACUCCAUCGAGAAUGGAUAUUGGUGCAGCAAUGGGCAUGAAACGUGGCAGUCUUAUGGUGCUUGUAAAGGAACAUUCUGACUAUAAGGAGCUGUAUGACGAAAUUACACUUGCGAUGAAGACACUUUCCUCACCUCUAUAGAGACAUUGUAUAGAGGCAUUCAAUUCUUCAUUGAUUAAAAGUCUCUUGUAUGUAUAUGUUACAAUUUCAUUAUUGAUCUUAAGAUAUCUUACUGUGACAUUCUAAUAUGCCAAUCAUUUUUCAUUAUGUAAUCUUAUAUUGAUUCUUCUAGAAAUAUAAAUCUAAGAAAUAAAAGAUUAUAACAAAUUAUAA